AUGGGAUUUAUACGAGCGCUUAUUUUUCUCACAACUCUGUCAUCAGCGGUCCGGGAGAGGCGUAUGCCUCCAGAAUGGCGAGGAUACAUGUGCAAUCGUCGGACACCAGAGCCUCGAUCGCUUCUUGUUUUGCAUUGUCACGCUAAAGGGCAUCCGAAACCAUCGAUAACGUGGUACAAGAAUGACAAGAGAAUAUCCAGCAGUUCCCACGAGGUCAAAGUCAAGGGCUCGAGCCUCACUUUUCCAUCUUUCACUAGGCAGAAUGAGGGAAAAUGGAAGUGCGAAGCGACGAACAAACUCGGCUCAAUUUCGCAUACAUUCGACGUUUAUGCAGCAGAUGAAAAGAGUCACGAAGGAUCUGGAUCUUACGACCCCGAUCUCAGAAGCGCUCCUCUUCCUUUCGAUCCUCUCAUCGGCGAUCCUCUCUCUUCUUCUGCGUCAAGUUACGGAAACCCGCUUCAAGACGCACUCGCCAAGCUGAACUCAUUCAACGAAAGAUAUGGCCUUGGAUCUUUUUCGACUCCCAGCCUGACAUCUGAAAAGGAUCUUCAGAUCAAUACGGAGGACUCUUUUUUCGAUGAUAGCGAUUUGAUUCCCGUGGACUUCUUUGAUUCAUCUUCGUUGAGCAGUAAAAGAGAGACGACAAUGGCGCCAAUAAUGGACCUUGAGUUCCGAAGCGCAGAAAAAGAUUUCGAAGAGCUGAAAAAAGAUGAUUCGGAAGAAGGAAGUGGGGAGACGAAACCAUUAUCACAAGAGGUCGUUGACGAAGUUGUCGAUGAAGACUACAGCUCAAGCUAUGACCCUGUUGAAGCUAUUCCUGUCGAUUUUAUACCUGAUUCUAUAAGAGGUCAAAUCCCAACUUAUUCCGACGAAGAAAUUGUCGAGGAGAGCUUCUCUUUCAGCUCGGAAGUCAAUGAAGCCUUAGACGAUCUUCUCGCGGGAACAGAUCUUAUUGAGCAUGAUCUUGUUCCGGAAUUUAUAAAAGCUACUGCGAAGUCAAUUAUUACUGCUCAGACGACCACAGCUCCUUUUACAAAGACAACAUCAUCCAAAAUAGCUUUCAAAACCCCUUCGUUCAUCGUUCCUGAACGACCUGACGUUCUCGUUCCUGAUUCGGGUCUUGAACCUUCUGCGGAAGGACUUGUCAAAGGGCCUCGAAUAAUCGAAGAGCCAAAAUCGACCAUCUCGAAAUGGAAUAAGUCUGUUCAUAUGGUCUGCAAGGUGAAGGGUGAUCCAAUGCCGGAAAUUUACUGGAUAAGAAAUGACAAGCAAAUUUCAAGUGCUGACGAUCCGAAUCUUUACGAGUUCUCUCGAAAUGGGGAGAGCACUCUCUAUCUUCGACGACCACUCCUCGAGUCUCCGAUGGGGAAAGAUAAGUUCAACUGCGUCGGAAGAAAUCGCUAUGGCAUCGUUAAAAGUCGAACCGCUUACCUAGAAGUUGAUCGCGACCAAUAA